AUGUGUAGAUUAAAAUCAUAUCUCGACCAAGGCAAAAGUAUGCCGCUACCAGCGAAUCGUUUUUGCGGACCUGCUGGCAAAAUCGCUGCCAGCGCCACAAAUAGAGAAGUUCAGGAAGAUAUCGGGCUCAUCGUCCUAAGUGUAUCAAGAGCCUCGAUGCUAUAG